ACGUGAAACAAUUUUGAUGAUCACAUUUAUUCUAAUUGAAAAAAAAAUAACUGCCACGCCUUUGAAACUGCGCCGUUUCUUUAUCUCAUUCUUACAAACUCAUCCUCUCUUUGACAGAUUAGAAUAUUUUUUUUUUUCUUUUUUUCUCUUUUCUCACAAGAAAGUAAAAGCAAUAUGCGAUUUGCAUGAACAAUAAUCAAUAAAACUACUCACCAAUAGCACGAGACACGGCUAGAACUCCAUUAACUCGCACUGUCCCCUGAUUAAAUGCCAGCAUCCCACCCAUUUGUUGUAUCCUCUCGGAUUCAUCCUAUUGAAAGAAAAAAAAAAAAAGAAAAAAAAAAACAAAACAAAACAAAGAAAAAAAAUUAUACUCCUCAGUUUAUAUUUCAUGAUUUAAUAAACAUUCUAUAAACAACAUGCAUUUCUUUCUUCAUCUCUUUUUAAUCGUUUAUAUGAAUAAUUAACUAACUUCAGUUUUUUAAUAAGUUCUCCAUAUGUAAAAAGUUUCUAAAUUUUAUAAUAUAUUUAUAAGAACAAAUUUACUUCCUUAAAACAGUUUUAAAAUUAUACUAUAAAUUUAUACGAUUUAAUUCUCUUGUGUGCCAGAAUGACUAGUCCAGGUACACAAGUCGAUAGCGACAGAACAUUAUUACAAUUUAAAAAUUAUGAAGAAUAUUUAGAUUCUUUGAUAACUCCUGUGGAUUUCUGCUAUUUAAGGAGUACAAAAGUUGCACGUCAAUUAGCAGAACUUGGUUAUCAAUGUACAGGAGAAACUUUAGAUAAAGAUGCUUUCUAUCGACGUCUACAAACUGUCAAAGAUUUAUUGUACCCUAUUCCCAAACCAUAUCAUCUUACUUCUGAAUUUUUAAUUCCUUUUGAUCCAGUUAUGCAAGAAUUAGCAAUCCGCGAACGAUCUAAUAGAUUACAUGUAAUAUCAACGAUUAUAUUUGUACGACAUAAUCCACGUCUUCAAGUCGAAGUGUCAGGUUACAUAGAUUUCAAUGAAAGACUUAAGACGGAAGAUUGGCAACCAUAUUUUGAAGGGAAAAAAAAGCUUUGGCCUAGAAUUACAGAUAUAGCAUACUAUCAUUGGAAAAUAGGAAAAACACAAUUAAAUGUUUCAUCAAAUUAUGAACCAAUAAUAGAUACAAAACAUGGCCUUUUACUUAAGAAUAUUCAUGAUAGAAAAUAUAUUAAUGUUGAUCCAAAGGCUAUUACACCGGGUGUAGACACUACGAGAGUACGUAUAUAUAGUGAUGCAUAUAAACAUGUUAUCUUAUAUGAUCAUGUAGUUAAAAGAGUUGUUGUUGAAUAGAAAAUAUUUGUUUUAUAAUAGUGAUUUCGUAUAAAACAAAAAAAAACAACAAUUAAGAAAAAUACAUAAUUUUUUUAUAAUUAAAAUCAUGCAAAUAUAUAAUCAUAAAUAUUUACUUACAUAUCGAGAUAAUCUAUGAGGGUAUACUAAUUCUUCCACUUUGCCACGUUUCACUAGCAUAGCCAAAGAAUCUCCUACCCAAGCAAUAUAUAAUUUUUUAUCCAACAAUAAUACACAGACUGCAGUUGUACCUCCAAUUACUUUCUGAAAAAACAAUGUAAUUUUAUUAAUGUUACAACAAUAAUCCUAUUAAAUUACAUCUACAAAAAAUCUUACUUGCGUUCUCUCUUUUUCAAUAAAUCUUGUAUCAGUAGUAUGAAAAGCGUCACAUAAGGCACGCUCUGGAUCUGUAGGAUAAUAUAUACUCUCUGCUAAAUACUGAUGUAGGUGCGUAGCACAAUAGACAGCUGCAUCUUCUCCUCCGUGUCCAUCAAAUACUGCGAAGUAACUUGCUAAGGAGUCAUUCUAUGAUAAAACAUGCAUGUUUACCAUUAUGUUGAUACUAACAAAUUAAUAAAUAAUAAAAAGAUGAUGGCGUUUAUUCACCUGUACAUUACAAAUGGUAUGUAGGUCAUAAAUCUCUACGUGUCUAUCCUCCAUUUUUCUUUUGCCAUUCUUCAGUGCGGCACUUCUUGCCAAAGGUGGCAAUUUCGAAGAAGGUGGAGGUAACAUUGCUAAUCUACUAUUGUCUAAAUAGCGAGUAAAUAUUUCAUUUACUUUGGUUGUAACUGCUUGCAUAAGUUUGAGCGGAGCGUAUGCUGUCAAAUAAUUGAAAGCAAAUAAAAUUAUUAAUAGAUUCGUUAAAGCACAUUGAAUUUAUACAAAUUAUAAAUGUAAGGAAUAAAAUUCACUCACUUUUUGUUUCUAAUUUGAAUCCACAUUCUUCCGGUUGUUUCUCGCAUAAUUCCUUUAUUUCUUGCAAUACAAGACGAACGAGAUAUCCUUGUAAAUUACGUGGACAACGUCUAUAAAAUCAUAAAGAAACAUCAAUUAAUUACAUGGAAUAAUAUUAUUUCAAAUAUGAAAAACACACACACACAUAAGAUAUUGAUUAACUUCGCGCGAUUAUAUGAACAUUUUGAAUACGUCACAUAUUCCAUUUGAUAAAAGAAUUUUAUAAAACGUAUACGCGUAUAAGCACUUGAAAAUUAAUAAAAUAAAUGUAAUAUUUACAUUUUAUAAAUAUCAUCGUGAUUGCAUCAACGUUUCUAUCAAGAUAAAUUUUUCAUUUCAAAAAUUUAUUAAAAUUGAAGCAAGAUAAAAUAUAUUCUAUCAUUUAUAUAAAUAAAAAUUCAUAUUCGGUACAAAAUGAUGAUAAGUAUAUUCAUAUCAUUAAUAUAGGCAAAGAGAAAAAUAUAUAUAAUAAACUGACUAAUCAAUAGCCAUUCGAAUUAAAAAAUGAUUUUAACGUAAUUAAUUAACAUAAAUUAUCUCUCUCUCUCUCACACACACACACACACACACACUAAACUUACAAUAUUUAAAAGCCUCUUGAAAUAGACGGUAAAAGAUAGCAUAUCAUAAUAAUAGAUAUGACAAGUUUAUUAACUAAUGACAAAGUAUAUUGUAACAAUACGAUGCGUAUCAAAAAAGAAAAAGAAAAAAAGAAAAAAAAAAAGAAAAAAAAAUUAUCUGCAAGCGGAGACGACGAUAUGGCGUAUAACUAACGUAGACGAUCAAAAGAUUACAAAUACUGUAAUUUCAUUUUGAUGGAUCGU